AGUCUAGCAAGUAUCUUCCUUCUGAGUGGACUUUCUCUUUCAAAUACUUAAUUAAUUAAAUAGUAAAUAAGAUAAGAAUUAUUUUUCGCGAUGUCACACAAAAGAGUCUUUAAAAUUAUCAACAAUGGUGAAAUUGCCAUUCAACUGUACAACCCACGAACUGAUCUUGAGGGUGUCCUACAUGUUUUGAGGGAAGGCUACAUGAAGGAUGCAAAUACAUUUGUUGCCUUUGAGAUGAAUACACCGGAAGCUGCGCAAGCUCGGCAGGAGUACGAAGGUUUAAUUCAUGCUGUUUUACACGAUGGUUUAUCACUAAUUGCCCGACAUUUACCCUCAAUGGAGAUUAUUGCGUACUGCCUCAACAAAAUCCAAUCACGCCCCGCACCUGGACAACGGACUUUCUAUGAAACCUUCCGCGAUGGAUGUAAAACGGAAAUUGUGAGGAAAUUACUGAAUUUUCGCAUUUCAAAGGAUAAACAAUAUGAUCUGAACAAUAUGUUUGACACAGAUCACGUCUUUGAAAUUGUUUACAUUGCAACACUACCACAGUAUCGCAUUAAAAAUAUUGGCUUUCAUCUUGUGCAUUGCACCAUGAUGAUUGCACGAGAAAUUGUCGCAGCAGGACACUACCCGGAAACUGCGGCGGAAGGAGUUAAAGGGACAAUUCCAAAAAUUAUUUUUGGUAGCUCAAGUUCGAAAUAUUCUGCAAAAAUUGGGGAAAAAUUGAAUUUUUCAGUUGUUAAAAUUUUCCCCUUUAAAGAACUCAAAGUCGAUGGACGUUCCUUUUCCGAAAAAGUUCCUCCACAGCACACACAUUCAACAAUAAAUGUGUUUAAAUUGUGAAAAAAAAAUCUAAUAUGUAGAGGGAAAAGGACUUUAUGCAGAAUGUUAUUUAACUAGGGAAAAUAUUUAUUAGUUCAUUCAUUUUAAAUUCAUUUACACGAUGUAGGAUUCUUGAACGGCAUGUACGGGUAAGCAUGACCAUAAUUUAAGACCAUUUGGUGUGUUAUGGAUGAAUGCGAUAGCGUCAAAAGUGCUGCAGCCACUUCCAAUAAACCUCAAGCAGCUCUUUAAUCGCAUUUCCUUCAAGCAGCGUCUCACACCAAACAAAUUAAUUUAGCUUCCUUCACACGGGGAGGAAUUGUCCAUUUUCAUUGCACCUUUGCGCUAUCAAUCGCACGUGGAUUGCAAACUUGCGAAUAAAUUGUAUAAUAUAAGGUGUUGUGGGUGAAAAGAAAAGAGAGAGAGAGAAGAAAAUGAGAUUCAUUGUUGAUCGAUAUUGGUCAAUAACUGCAUGCGCCUCUUUUUUUUUCUAACACAAUUUCACAUAAUUUAAAUCGUGAUCUUCUUGGAGUUUUGCACAAUCACCGGUGCUGGUACCUAACAGAUGAAUAAAAAGUAGUGCACUGUCUUCAAUGCGGUUAUUCCGCGGAGUUUAAGCUCACAUUCACGGUUAUAAAUGAGUUAAUAAACAUUAUAAACCUGAGAUCUUUAUGUGCGAUAUAAAAUCACAAAAUUUAGAGACAUUUACAUACCUCAUACAUACAUAUUUAUGUAUUUAUGUAUGUGAGAAGAAUGGCUUGUUUGGACAAUAUAAUAAUAUAAUGGGGUGAUUGAAAAGUCAUAUGAGUGACACGAACAAGAUGAUGAAUUCGUGAUUCACAUUGCGAUGCGAUUUUGCAAAAUAAUCUCACAACACGUGUUCUUUCUACCAUUCCCCGUUCUCAGCAGGAGUCACACAAAUCACACAAAUAAGGCACAAUAUUUUACCAAUUUAUUGAUGACUUAAAUGAUCUCUAAAACUUCUUUAAUUUUCAUCAUCAAGUUCUUUUUUAUUUUUUUUUCUCUUCCAAAGAGCCCAAUAAUGAAGAGAAAAAAAAAGAAAGAGAUUUGUAGGUUUGCAAUUUUGCAAUUUGUCUUGCAAAUAAUCAAUUUCUUCUUCUUUAAUUAUUUUUCCCUCCAUUUUGCACUCUUUCUCUCAUGCACGACCACAAAAAGAAGUAGAAAAAAAACUCGCGCGCGCACGAAGAUGAAAAGAGUGGUUGAGGACAAACUACCCAGCAUCUACAAAGAGCCAUUUAAUAAAUGUGUGAACUUUUCCAACAAUUUUUCCCACAAUUUCAAUAAAAAAAUACCGAAAAGAGGGACGCUUCUGAUGGGAAUUCACGGCAUAAAGAGAGAAUGAAAAGAGGUGGAAUAAUAUUGAAUAUAUCAAACGUGAAAAUACUCAUUAUGCUGCAAAACACCACGUGAUGGUGUACGAAAUUUUGCGCAAGAAGAGUCUGAUUUCUUUGAAAAAGACAAUGUUUUGGGUGGCAAAUGAAAUGUAAUUUUCAAUGUAAAAUCUCUUGAAGGUCCACCAACAUUUUUGUUGGGCAAAAAACCAACAUAAAAAUUGAUGAGAACAAGUCAAAAAAAAAAAAUUCCAAAGUUAUAUUGGCUAUUUAUUGUCAUUUUUGCAACACAUGUGAAUUUUAUUUUUACCAUCAAAUGUGCCAACAAUGUAGUUACUUUAAGUAUCAAAAUUUUCACUUUUUUGCCAAAUUGUUGAGAAAUUUUUAGAGAUAAGAUUCAAUCCGAAUUUUUGGCAAUUUUUUCUGGCUUUUUUCUUCAACUGAUUUCAGUGGAAGGGAGAAAGCCUCAAUAACCAUUCCUUAUUCUUUAAAAAAUCCCUUUACAAAAUUAACCGUUUCCCUGUCCCUUCUUAUGAGAAUUUUCUACACAAAAUUUUUAUGAGAAAUUUUUUUUAAAUAUAAAAGUUUGAAGAUGUCAAUAAAGUCGAAACGUUCGCUGUCUAAAUCUCUUCAAGACUCUUUGAAAAUUAAAUAUAAUUAUUAAGAAAAUUUUGUAAACGUUGUUGAUCGAUACGAUAUUAUUUAAAAAAAAAACAUCAUUGACCUUUACGUAAAAAUGAAUUCAAUCAAUUCAAUUGUACACAUAAUAUGAUACUCAAUUUAAAUAUAAUUUCGCAAUCGAGACAAUGCGAUGACCCAUAAGGAGGUAAUACAGUAACACCAAUUAUAGCACUUUUAACACACAAAUAGCAUUUAAUAUAUUAUGCAAAAGAACUAUUUAGAAAAUGUAGGUAUUAUAGUUUCCACUUACAUAUACCAAUAAUUCGCCAAACAAUAACUUUGUAAUGAGAGUCACGCAUAUUUCUCCGCAUUGAUCUCUUUCCGAUGAAAUGAUUCAUUUUCUUUGCACAAAGCUCCACAAUUUUCUGCAAGUGUCUCCUUUUUGCAAAUUGCCAAUUCUUAUGUAUGCACGCAAUUUAUCCGUAUUAGCCUUUGCGGAAAAAGCUAACUGACUUAACUGACUUUUACCCCAGGAGAGUGUCGUGUUUUGGCACAUAUUUAGAAAUUAAACUUGGGGGGCACGCCGUAUUAGGGACAUAAUAGCGCAUACCUAUAUAAUUUAAAAUGUAACAAUGGAUGUAAUUUGCUACCUUUUGUGACCUAUUCGAAGUACAUAAGUCUCUCCGUCGUUCACUUUCUCAAUGUAGAGAAUAUCUUCAUUGUUAGAUCUCUGCGACUAUGUGCAAAAAAAAAUUUAUAAUCCGUCCAUGGCGGAAAGGACAUUUCAAUCGCCUCAUUUUCCGAUCAAUUUGUGAAAUAUUUACUAACUUCACCUUCAAGCACACGGUACUUUCUCACGUGCAGACAAUUACACCUAUAGCAUGGUAGAAGCAGCAGCAAAAAAAUACGCCGCGUGUGUACUUCUCCCAAAAAUGACUUUAUCUCACAUAUUUCUCCUCAAUCUAAUAUUAGUUUUUCUCUCUUCUCGUCAAAGAGACUUUUGGUGUGCUCUGGAAUCUCGCCCAUAUGGGAGUAUGAAUGUCGAGACAACUUUGACCCCGUGCCCGCGACAACAAAGGCACACAGGUCCAAGAAAUAUAUAUCUCGAACGAAUUUAAAAAAAAAACCAACAGUAAUAAUCAUAUAUGAUCAAUUUUAAAUAUGUGGCAUAAAUUGCAAUUUUUCGGGAAAUACCUCUGCGCGUGUUAUUGGAUCACGGUUGAAUUUGUUCCGCAAUCGCAGAGGUUUCCCGCCUUUUUUCCACUAUCUCUCCAUGAUAUCUCCCUCUAUGCCUGUCCACAUGGUCUUUACAUCGUAUUGUAGCUCUAUAUGGGCGUAAUUCUUGCUCUUGGCAAGCACUUGCUCCUAUUUUAUCAACUUAAUUAUAUAUUUCUGUAGAUUUUUGGGAUUGCAUUUCCUUAAAAGUUUUUUUUUAUAAUGAAUUUAUGCACUGACCUUCAAAAAUUUAAUUUAUGUACCAAGAUCUUCGGAAAAUUUGGUAUAAAAUUAAUAGAUUAAUUAUGAAUAUGAUUGAUGAAGAAAUGAAAAAAAUAUAAUAUUGAUGAUUUCGGUGUUAAACAAAUAAUUAUGAAAUUAAUGAAAAAUAAUUUGUAUUAAAAAUGUUUUUGUUUAAUUGAAUAAAUUGUUAAGUAAAUUCUUGUAAAA